GUUGUUAACAAAUUGAACGAGAAUACAUUCAUUAUAGCAAAAUGUUGUACCUAUCAUUAUGUACAUUGGGCCUGAUUUUUAGUUCGACAUACGGGUUGUCCCUUACGGUAACUCCAGCAGUUUUAGAGAUUGGCAUCACACAAAAGUUAGAGGUCAACUGUUCCACAACAGUAAACACGGGCUCAACGAUGGUCAGUCUCAUUUCAUUGAUCAUCUCAAGGUCAAGCACCAACCAAUCGUCAUUCACAGAACUGGCUUCUAUAAAUGUUUUCACAUCUGACAAUCAAGUCAUGUUGGAUGUCAGUGAUGUUACAGCUUCUGGUAAAAUUGACAACAACGGUCUGUCAUACAUUAAACUGAAUUGGGAAUUCCCAGAUUCUAAUAUCUCUGGAAUUUACAGAUGUGAGGCUAACGGAGUGGACCGUGCAGGACACCCAGUGAAUUUGAAUAAACUACAGUUACUGUCAUUUGUUGAACCAGAUAUAAAUUCAUUGGUCAGACAAGUACAGUAUUUGACCAGUUACAUUGAGAACGUCUAUGCCAGGCUUGAAUUAAACAACUUUAACUUAACAGCACAAAUAAAUGAAAUAAAUAUUAAUCUACGUAAUCUGAAAAGUACGAAAUCUUUGCACAGAAAACGAUUAGAAACAAUGAAAUAUUUACUGUUUAACGAAUCCUCUAUAUUUGAAGAUCACUACUAUCUUUUAUCUAGUAAGUUAUGGACAACUACGCCAGAAACUGCAGCAGCUAUUUGUUCGUUGUUCGGUGGUUAUCUUGUGGAAAUAGAUACCUCUUCUGAAUUUCAGUUUGUUCAACAAUUUAUGACAGUUAAUGCCAGUUAUUAUAUUAUACUAACAGGAGGUACCGAUGAAGCUGUAGAAGGGCAAUGGGUAAAUAGGUACAGUGGCAGUGCUGUGGGGUAUUUAGAAUGGGCUAGUGGAGAACCAAAUAAUGGCAUUUUAGCAUAUUGUCUUUACUUAUGGGGUGAUUACAAUUGGCAAAUGGCGGAUGACAUGUGCUACAAGUUACAUAAAAUACAUAAUAUAGGAUAUAUGUGUGAAGUUCCAGCAGGAAACUUGUAG